AUGGCGUAUCUCGUAGCUACUGUUUUGGUGGCAAUUUUGAGUUUUACGUCGGUGAUCGCUACUGAUUAUAGCUACUCUUCUCCACCGCCUCCUUACUACGUCUAUAAAUCUCCACCGCCUCCUGUUUACCACUCUCCACCGCCUCCUGUUUAUUAUUCUCCACCACCACCAAAGAAAGGGUAUAAAUCGCCACCACCUCCAGUUUAUUACUCUCCUCCUCCGCCUGUUUACAAGUCACCACCACCUCCAGUUUAUUACUCUCCUCCUCCACCGGUUUACAAGUCACCACCACCUCCAGUUUAUCAUUCUCCUCCUCCACCUGUUUAUCACUCUCCACCACCCCCGGUUUAUCACUCUCCUCCACCACCAAUUUACAAGUCACCGCCACCUCCAGUUUACCAUUCUCCUCCUCCACCCGUUUACAAGUCACCACCACCUCCAGUUUAUUACUCUCCUCCUCCACCAGUUUACAAGUCACCACCACCUCCAGUUUAUUACUCUCCACCACCACCCGUUUACAAGUCACCGCCACCUCCAGUCUACCAUUCUCCUCCUCCACCAGUUUACAUGUCACCCCCACCUCCAGUUUAUUACUCUCCACCACCACCAGUUUACAAGUCACCGCCACCUCCAAUUUACCAUUCUCCUCCCCCACCUGUUUAUCACUCUCCACCACCUCCAGUUUAUUACUCUCCUCCACCUCCAGUUUACAAGUCACCACCACCUCCAGUUUACCAUUCUCCUCCUCCACCUGUUUAUCACUCUCCACCACCUCCCGUUUAUUACUCUCCUCCACCACCAGUUUACAAGUCACCACCACCUCCAGUUUACCAUUCUCCUCCUCCUCCAGUUUAUUACUCUCCUCCUCCACCUGUAUACCACUCUCCUCCACCACCGGUUUAUAAGUCACCACCUCCUCCAGUUUACCAUUCUCCUCCACCACCUGUAUAUCACUCUCCACCUCCUCCCGUUUAUUAUUCUCCACCUCCACCAAAGGAGUAUAAAUCCCCACCUCCACCUGUAUACUACUCUCCUCCCCCACCCGUUUACAAGUCUCCUCCACCACCUAAGAAAGACUACGAGUACAAGUCUCCACCACCUCCUCAAUACUAUUAG